AAGAGAUCGAUUCAUUGGCAGAUAGCGUACGAUACAAUCUCGAGCAAUUGCAAAAUCUUGGGAGCGCAGUGUCCCGAAAAGGCAAGGCGGAGCGGUGCGACUAUGGAGUGACUGACUUUCUCGUUGGAUAGCUAUGAUUGACCCCGUUAGGAUUAAGACUUUGAUAAGAUGGCCCCUGGUGCGAGCGCAUCUCUGUUCGUUGGCGGCAGCGCUCAGCUUUCACAGCACAUGGCGAGUGCCGCGCGAUGGUUACCGGUACGGGGCCGUAGCGUACGGAUUGGUGCUGACGGCGGCCCUCAUGGCAGUGGGGCUACCAGGGAGCUUGCUGCAGCUAGCGGCCGGCCAGCUCAGCCAGCAGGACGCAGUCGGCGUCUGGCGAGCUGUGCCGUUCUUCAAAGGGGUCGGCUACCUACGGCUGCUGGUCUCUGCCUUGGGCUCCAUAUAUACCAUGGUGUAUGUAGCCCUAUUGGUUACAUGCUUCCUGUACACCGCCAACAACUCCAUACCCUUUGUGGAAUGCCGCGAGGACAUCCCGGUUGACGAGGUCGGAUAUGUAAAUCUGUACAAUGGGACGAGUUGUUUGAACUCUACGUUUCUGGGCCCAGUGAGCGAGCAGCCAGAAUACUUCACGGCAAUGGCGCUAGUUAUUCUAGUUUUGUGGACUGCUUUUCCAUUUCUGUUAUUUAAUCCGACGAAAAUGCUGAAACAUAUCCUGUACCCAUUGGGCCUAGUCGUGUUUGUUCUUUUCGUCAUAGUCAUAGCUGCUAUUGGAGAUGCCCAGGGUUUAACCGAUCUGUCGCCGAAGUGGGGUGGAUUGGCGCGCCCUGGGCUCUGGUUCGCAGCCAUCACCCAGGCUCUAUGGUCUUCCCAGGUAGCUGGAGGGUACAUGAUAUCUGCAGGAGAUACCGUCUACGCUACCACUAAUGUUCAGUGGUCAGCCCUCUUCAUGACUGGUGCCAAUAUAAUCGCGAGCUGGUGCAGCCUGCUGUUCUGGGGGGCGGUGGGGGGAGGCCAUAGUGACGUCACCAGCGCCGCAGUCCUCAUCGCCACGUACCAGGUCGCCGAGGACUCGCAGCUGAACCAAGCCUGGCCGCUGAUACUAUUCGCAGCCUUGUUUUUGUCGGGGAUCAUUACUAUGCUUAUUCUCUUAUACCCCAUAUAUGACCGCUUCCGUCGUGUUGGUGGUUACAAGUGGCGGUUCCUAUGCAUUGGUUUCUCACUGCUGGGCGCUGCAGCAGCCGUCGCGACUCUGGCGGGAAGGCUUCCAGCGUUGGAGCUGCUGGAAGACACAGCGGCACCAAUUCUCAUUAUAAUAGCUACGGUGCUGGAGGUAGUUGCAUUUGUACUCGUUUAUGGCCAGAAGAAUCUAGUCGAAGACAUAGAAUUCUUGAUCGGCCGAGAGCUACCGCAUGUUUGGAAAUGGGGGUGGUAUUGCGUUCCGGUGGUGAUAGUACCACUGGGGGCUUGGUGGGUGAUCUCCGAACUCUUGGACCCUCGCUGGGUUGAAGCACCUUGGACAGCCGCUGGUAUCUGCGCAUCAGCACUGCUUGCCUCACUCAUACUGAUGGCAUUUGCUGCUGUGGCCGUGCUGAAACAAGUACAAUACGACUUCUGCGAGAAGCUGCAGGCGUCCUUCAAAGCGUCUCGUCAUUGGGGCCCGCGGGACCCCAUCACGCAUUACUACUGGCUGGCGCGGCGGGACGAGCUGGAGAGGGGGGAGGGGCCCUCCCGCUACUACAGGCCCCAGCUGGGACAGCUCUCGUUACGCUCCAGCUUUCUGCGGAGCGAAGUAGCUUCUAUUAGCAAACAGUUGGAGGUCAUCGCCGAAGCCAAACGCCGAUCCAACUCAGACGACUGGCUGUACACAGUCUACAGAAAGAAACAGUUGUAUGAAACCUACCGAGAAUUGUAUUCAAAAUCCCGGUCCAAGUCCUUAGACUGUGCCUGCCGCGAAAACAGGGCGAGUAGUGACUACUUCACGCCGCUGAAUUCGCUCGCGUCCCUAAGGGAAGACAAUAAUAAUGUUGUGUUUGUUAAGAAUCUUAUUAUUGAUAAAUAGUAUAGUGUUUAAAUAAAUAAGGCAAAAAUCUGGAAUGUUCAUUA